AUGACUAGUCCAAACGCCCCAGAUCUUGGCGACCCGUCAACCGUCAACGAACACAACAACAAUGCGAGCUUGAGGGGUUUGCGCCUGUUCUUUAUUCUGAGCUCACUUCUGGUGUCAGUCUUCUGUCAGGCUCUGGAUGAUACCAUUAUCGCAACUGCAAUUCCCCCAAUUACCGACCAUUUUCGCCGUCUCAGCCAUGUUGGCUGGUACGGAUCCGUUUAUCUCCUAACAAACUGUGCCUUUCAACUAUUCUAUGGCAAACUCUACAAGAUUUUCCCUCUCCGGUGGGUUUUCUUGAGCGCCCUUUUCAUCUUUGAGCUUGGCUCGUUAGUCGCAGCUAUAGCCCCUAAAAGCGAAACAUUGAUAACCGGCCGUGCUAUUGCUGGGAUCGGUGCGGCUGGAAUAACCAGUGGCGCAAUGACUAUCAUGGCACAUACAGCGCCUGUUCGUUGGCGCCCGAUAUUUACUAGUCUGAUAGGUGCUGUGUAUGGGAUUGCUAGCGUUGUUGGCCCAAUAUUAGGGGGAGUGUUCGCCGAGAAAGUCAGCUGGCGAUGGAUAUUUUACCUAAAUCUUCCCCUUGGCGGCGCUUCUGCUUUGAUCCUCUCGCUGUCGCUCAAGAGCCUACCACCCAGUGCCCAUGGCCAGAAUUUAUCGAUCGCUAUCAUGAUUAAACGACUAGACGUGGUAGGGACAUUUACUUUUAUUGCGAGUAUUGCGUGUCUCCUCACAGCACUGCAGUAUGGUGGAACAACAGCGCCGUGGUCAUCUGGCCUUGUCGUUGCUCUUCUGACAUUAUUUUCAGUACUUUUGGCAACAUUUGUUCUAGCUCAAAUCCUCCAAAAAGACGAAAAUGCAACAAUUCCAACACAUAUUGCAAAAAACAGAAACAUGGCGUUUGGGGCUUUGUUCGCAAUCUGCCAGGGGGGUGCGUUCAACAUCUUCAUCUUUUACCUGCCGUUGUACUUUCAGGUCAUAAAAGAUGCAAGUCCAAUUAGAUCAGGAAUCAAUUAUUUACCAUUGAUCCUGAUUAACACCGUUGGUAUUAUCAUAUCUGGCAUUCUGACUACAAAGCUUGGUUAUUACAUGCCAUGGAUUUGGUUCUCCAGCCUUACCAUGCCUAUUGGAGCUGGCCUUUUGACAACAUUAGCAGUUGACUCGAGAACUAGCCAAUGGGUAGGAUAUCAGUUUUUAUUCGCAAUUGGGUCAGGAUUUGGCCUACAACAGCCGUUUGUGACCGCGCAGACGGCUUUACCACUUGAAGAAGUUAGUACCGGCAUGGCAAUUAUGUUAUUCUCCCAGCUUGGUGGAGGGGCCAUUUUUGUUCCCGUUGCACAAAGCAGUUUUAUAUCCCAACUUGUGACCAGCGUCGGGGCAAUGGGAAUUCCAGGUUUGGACCCUCGUCAACUUAUCAGCCUAGGUGCGACGCAAUUCAGGCAAAUUAUCCCCGCUAAGGAUAUUCCGAGAGUGAUUCUGGCAUACAACGAUGGUCUGCGAGAGGCAUUCAAGAUUGCGCUUAUCCUAGCCUGCCUGUCUAUUAUUGGGCCUCUGGGCAUGAAGUGGGUAGUAGUGAAACCACAGAGUAACAGGGAGAAUAUGGCAACGGUAAGCCAGGAUAAGGAGUAG